CGCGCGGCCAGUAGUAGUGCGGCGCAGCCAUGUCGGGUCCGGCGCGCGCGCGCCUCCCUGCGCUCCACCUCGUGCCGGCCGCCCUUCUGCUGUUCCAAUGGAUCUCAUCACCAGUUUCUGCGGUUGUAUGUAACCAGACAUUAUGCAAAUGCGAUGGUAUAAAGGGGGACUACGGCGACAUAGGCCCGCCAGGUAUACCUGGCGCCCAGGGCGACUAUGGCGCGGAUGGACCCGAGGGACGCAUGGGCAUCGCUGGCGGGCCGGGUGACAGCGGCGAGAGAGGAGACUACGGAGAUAAAGGAGAGCGGGGUGCAGAAGGCCCGUAUGGAAGAAGAGGUAGCAUUGGCUCACAGGGUCCGGCAGGAUAUGAAGGUGUGAGAGGAUUCGCGGGAUUAGAUGGAUGUAGCGGCAUAGACGGCGCUAUGGGGUCGAUGGGACCUCAAGGUAUUCCCGGCGAUAGAGGCUUACCGGGUCCGUUUGGAGAAAAAGGAUCACAAGGCUUAGCAGGUGAAGGCGGAGCAAACUCCCGAGGAGCAAAAGGAGAACAAGGCGACUUUGCGCGUCCCGGCUCUCCUGGACUUAUGGGACCCAUGGGAUGGACUGGCGAUAGUGGAAUGCCCGGUGAAGAAGGUGAUCAGGGUCCUAUGGGAUACAAAGGCGACAUAGGAUACAGAGGAGAUCCUGGUGACGAUGUUGUUGGACCACAAGGAGAAAAGGGAAAUCCUGGAGAAAGAGGUGAACCUGGAAGACCAGCUAGAGUUAUCUAUAUAGAUCAUGUACAACAAAAUGUUACUGUAUUGGCGAAAGGAAAUAAAGGCGAAAAAGGAUUAUGGGGUCAACAAGGCGUUAAAGGUCUUAAAGGUCAACGAGGGUCGGAAGGAGCACCCGGACCUUAUGGUGUUAAUGGACCGCAAGGAUAUAAAGGAGAUCAAGGGAUCGAUGGACCUAGAGGAAAGCCUGGACAUCGCGGUAGUUUAGGGCCUCCUGGACCAAAAGGAGACAAAGGAUGGCCCGGAUAUGCAGGGCCUGAUGGCGAAGAUGGCUUACCCGGAGCUGUAGGGGAAGAUGGUAGACCAGGAAUGCCGGGAAUACAAGGACCAAUGGGAGUGCCAGGAAUAUAUGAUGAGAGAUUAAACGAACCGCUUUUACCAGGUUCGGUAGGGCCCCAGGGACCGAUCGGUUUUACAGGACCCAAAGGUGUUGCUGGUGCUGAUGGUUCUACCGGUUUACCGGGACUAGUGGGCCUACAGGGAAUUCCUGGCGUUAAAGGUAUUCCUGGCAGACCAGGACCAAUAGGAGCCUCGCCCAAAGGAGAACCGGGAAACGAUGGUUUUAAGGGUUUACCUGGCCCUCGGGGUCCAAUGGGCUCCCCAGGGAUGCGUGGAACUUUAGGUUCCAAAGGUUUCAAGGGUUCCACAGUCGUAGGACCAACAGGUGAAGAUGGUGAACCCGGCACCGAUGGCAUUCCCGGUCUAAGAGGUGAUCGAGGCGAAUCAGGAUUUAUGGGUCAACCAGGUUAUCCCGGACGUGGUGUUCACGGCGUGGGCCCACCUGGAGAAGACGGCCCACCGGGUCGCCCUGGUGAAGUUGGUGACUCUGGUACAUCAGGACGCCCAGGAUGGCCCGGACUUAAGGGAGACAAGGGCGACGACUGUUUUUGUCCAUCAGGUGCUCCGGGCUCCAAAGGUCAAAGAGGAGAUAAUGGUUUUCCAGGACAAAAAGGAUAUCCGGGCUUAGAAGGUUUCCGUGGAGUACAAGGACAAAAGGGAGACGCUGGUUUACCCGGAAUUCCUGGAUCACUAGGUCCAAAGGGUAACAAAGGUCUGGCUGGAAUGGCAGGUCCACAAGGGCCCAAGGGCAGCAAAGGUCGUCUGAUACAGCCACCAUUUUCAUUAACUAAAGCAGAACGUGGGCCACGUGGGCCACCAGGGUUUAUGGGCGAUGCUGGUCUACCUGGGGAUCGAGGAUGGCCAGGACUUCCAGGCAUCUAUGGCUUGAAGGGUAUGAAAGGUCUGCAGGGUGACGAGGGAUUCCCUGGUUUUCCAGGCCGAAACGGGUCACGUGGUCGAAACGGGGCACCUGGGUGGCCUGGCGCUCCAGCGGACAUUCCACUCGCGUUUCUUUAUGGACAGAAAGGACAAAAAGGAAUUAAAGGACGACUCGGAGAGCCUGGUGACGACGGACUUAAGGGCGAAGCUGGAGAAGCAUUGGGUUUUGGAGUUAACAUAAAAGGUGUCAAAGGUGACAGAGGACCAGUCGGACCACGAGGUUGGCCUGGUAGGAAAGGUGAGCCCGGAGUAUUGGGUUAUCAAGGAAUCCCCGGUAUUCGAGGAGAUGAGGGCGAUACUGGAAUUUCACCGCAAGGUCCUAUGGGGACCAGAGGAUUUCCCGGCGACAAAGGCGAUAUUGGACCUUAUGGAGAACCCGGUACCCCAGGACCACAAGGCGCUGUUGGAUUUCCUGCACCAAAAGGAAAGAAGGGAUCUCGCGGUGAUUUCGGGUUAGCUACAAUAUACGGCGAAAGAGGGGUAGAUGGCUGGCGUGGAGAUAUAGGUGACAAAGGCGAACAAGGAUACUAUGGAGCACCUGGAAGGCCUGGACUUAUGGGUGUCAAGGGAGAAACAGGACCUUCUGGUGAUGUGGGUCUACCUGGUCCUACUGGACCUAUGGGAAGAAAGGGUAUUCCAGGUAUUAUAUUACGUGGACCUCCUGGAGCACCUGGUCAGCCGGGGAGACCAGGUUUCGCAGGACCAAUAGGAGAACCAGGUUUACAAGGCAGUAAUGGGUUACAAGGUGACAUGGGACAAAAAGGAAUGAAAGGUGAAGCAGGUCGAACUGGAGCUCGAGGUUUGAUGGGAGAGCGUGGAACUACGGGAAUGUAUGGCUUCCCAGGUAUAAUGGGUCGACCGGGUAGACCUGGCGAAAUUGGAGAACGUGGUGAAUCAGGCUCGCCAGGAUUAAGAGGGAUCCCCGGGAAAAUGGGACCACAAGGACUAGCUGGUCUAAAAGGACUUCGUGGUGAUAGUGGAAAUCCUGGUGAAGUCGGUUUAGAUGGGCAACCUGGAUUUAAAGGAAUGAUAGGUGAUAUAGGUAGUGUGGGUUUUCAAGGUAUACGUGGCGAUAACGGCACUAUUGGUAUUAUCGGAGACAGGGGACAACAGGGCAGUAAUGGUAGUGAUGGAAGACCGGGGCUACCUGGACCGAAAGGAUUAAAGGGUGAUGGAGGUAAUGUUGGAUUGAGUAUAAAGGGCUUCACUGGCUCAAAAGGAGAAUCUGGUGAAUAUGGAAGAUUUGGCUACAGAGGUAUACCAGGUGAUAAAGGAAUGCAAGGCGAUUACGGUGAUAUAGGCUUACCGGGUGAAAGAGGUGAUAAAGGAUUUCCCGGGUGGCCUGGUUUCCCUGGCAAAAACGGAAAAGUCGGGCCUAGAGGAAUGUUAGGUCCGAGAGGCUUUCCAGGUAGACGCGGCGAAAAAGGUGAUAUGGGAUUUGAAGGUCAACCUGGUAGAAUAGGUAGUCCUGGAUUUCCUGGUGACACCGGCUUUCCUGGAUUGCCUGGCCCUAGGGGUCCGUUUGGUAAGAAAGGAGAAAUGGGUGACAUUGGCGAGACAACGUACCUACCUGCGACGAAAGGAGAAAUGGGUAAUAUAGGAAUGGACGGAUUUCAAGGUCUUAAAGGUAUAAAAGGAGACGCAGGAAUGGUGGGUCUAAUGGGCAUUAAAGGAGAGCGAGGAGACAUCGGCUUCCAAGGCGAAUCGGGAGAUUGGGGGCUUCCGGGUCCUAAAGGAUCAUUGGGUGAUUUUGGUCCUCCUGGCCCACCCGGACUCGACGGUGUAAACCCUGAACGCGGUGAAAAAGGAAAGGCCGCAAGUGAUGGACUUCCAGGUUGGUUUGGACCUAUGGGGCAGAAGGGUAAACCAGGUGAAUACGGUGUUGAUGGUCCAGAGGGAUUUCCUGGUGAACCCGGCCUUACCUUUCAGGGUCCUAAAGGCGCCAAAGGGGAUGAUGGCCUACCAGGAAGACGUGGUAUAGGUGGAAUACCCGGUCCUCGAGGAAUGGAAGGAGCUCCGGGUCUACAAGGACUAAAAGGUCUACUUGGAGAGCCAGGAUUUGCUAUUAGUCCUAAAGGCCAACCUGGUGAACCCGGUUAUCGAGGUUUUGAUGGUUUGAAGGGAAUGUUAGGAGACACGGGAGAAUCUGGAUCAGUCGGAUACAGAGGGUAUUCUGGCGAAAGAGGUGUAAAAGGGGUACAGGGUGAUGAGGGGGAACAGGGAUUACAGGGCGUUAUGGGAGGCAAAGGUAUGAAAGGUGAGAGGGGUGAUACAAUUUCAUCUAGAGAAAUAGCCCGAGGUCCACGGGGUGAUUUAGGCUUUGCCGGAUUUGAAGGGCGAUCAGGUCGUCCUGGUUCACCUGGUAACUUUGGACAGAAUGGUAUACCAGGACCCAAAGGUGAAAGAGAAGACAUGGGUCCUGUUGGUUUUGUUGGAAAUCCCGGCCAACCAGGAGAAAUGGGAUUCAUGGGUUUGAAGGGUAUGGCAGGUUUUGAAGGAAAAAUUGGCUUACCUGGCUCGCCUGGUAUACCUGCACCCUUGCCACCGUUACCCAAGUCGAGAGGAUUUUCUUUCGCAGUUCAUUCACAAACAAGAAUAAUCCCACAAUGUCCACCUGGAACCACAUCUCUGUGGGAAGGAUACUCAUUGCUACAUAUUGUCGCCAGUACCAAGGCACAUGGACAAGAUUUAGGUGCCCCUGGAAGCUGCCUGCAAAGAUUCUCAACAAUGCCUUUUAUGUUUUGUGACAUUAACAAUCGCUGUAACUUUGCCCAAAGAGAAGAUUACAGUUUUUGGCUGUCAACUCCAGAACCUAUGCCAAUGGCAAUGACGCCAAUCGAAGCAAGAGAUGUAGGGUCUUACAUAUCAAGAUGCCAAGUUUGUGAGUCAUCAACGAGAUCCAUUGCAAUUCAUAGCCAAAGCAGUGUUACGCCUAGUUGUCCAACUGACUGGGAAGAGUUAUGGGUGGGGUACAGUUUCUUAAUGCAAACGGCGGGUAUGGAUGCGGCAGGCCAAAGCCUAAUUUCACCUGGCUCGUGCCUACGCGAAUUCAGAGCACGACCAGUCAUCGAAUGCAACGGACUCGGUCGGUGCAACUACUUUGCUACGGUGUUGUCAUACUGGCUCUCCGCAUUGGACCCCAGUCAGAUGUUCCAGAAACCCGAACAACAAACACUAAAGGCCGAUAAAAUAUCGAAAAUCAGCAGGUGUGCGGUGUGUAUGAGACGCCAACCAGGCCGGUCGAGCACGCUGCGCACCGGCACCGCGACGGUGGAGGCCGUCCCCAACGCGGUGCGCCGCCCCGGCCUCUACCGCUGGCAGAGGACGCGCCCCGGAGGCCCGCCGCGCUACGUGCGGGGCAGGCGCCGGCAUUGAAAACACGAUUAUUUAAAAACAGUAUCGAAUUAGGAACUCAUUACAACUUUAUGUACCUCCCAAUCUUUUAAAGUUAAGCAAGUAGUCAAAUGUAGAUAUUAUUUAAUAUUUUAUCGUGACAAUACAUAAAUACCUACCUACGUACCUACAUGGACGUAGAAAAUAUUUCUUUCGUCCAUGCUUACCUGGUCUAUCUAAUAAAAAUGCUUGGGUAUAGGUAAUUAUAAUAUAGAAAGUUAUGUCAAAUGUUUAAAUAAAUGCCUAAAAUAAGUACUAUUGCAAAAAAAGAUUAAGAAUGUAUAAAAAAAAUGGAAAAAUCUCUAAUGGGAUUCUUAGAAUUUUAAUAUCAAUAUUUUGAACUGGCAAACUCAAAAUUGUUAAAAGUAGACCUGUGACUAAGGCAUCCAAAUUAGAAUUGGAUAGUAAUGUACUAUGUAGGACACAGAGUUUGCUUGUAUAAUAUAAUAUAGGUACGCCAUGGGUUACUUACUCAUAUCUAAACUGUGGUACCUACUACCAUUGAUGGAGAAGGUAGGUAUCUAUUUGUUGUGGGGCGGUGUUAUAAGAGACCUAGUCCAUAUUCGGUAUUGGUAUUUUAAUCACAUCAUUUGCCACUAGAUUCUCAU